UUUCUUUGCAAACGCAGAGUUGUGAAGAAGGGAAAAGGAGCAACUUAGCUUUUGUGCUUACAAGGCAGUAAAAAAAAAUGGUACGUGCCAAGUGUUGGAUCCUGAAGAAACACUUUGAGGGGUUUCCUAAGCAGAGUGAUUUUGAACUAAAAGAGGUAGAAUUACCACCGCUGAAAGAUGGAGAGGUCCUGCUUGAAGCGGCAUUCCUCAGUGUGGACCCCUAUAUGAGACCGUACAGUAGGGUCUAUAUGAAGGAAGGUGAUACAAUGCUUGGCUACCAAGUUGCAAAGGUUCUGGAAAGCAAGGACCCCACAUACCGAGUAGGGGAAUUUGUUAUAUCUCAGUCAGGCUGGACGACUCAUGCCGUUUCCAAGGGCAAAGACCUAUCACUAUUGCCUUCUAGCUGGCCAGGAAACCUUUCCAGAUCUUUGGCUCUUGGGACAAUUGGCAUGCCCGGGCUUACCGCCUACUUUGGCCUAUCUGAGAUCUGUAGGAUGAAACCAGGAGAGACUAUCCUGAUUAAUGCAGCAGCUGGUGCUGUGGGCAAUGUGGUAGGACAGAUUGCUAAACUAAAGGGUGGCAAAGUGGUUGGCUGUGCAGGUUCCGACGAGAAAGUCGCCCAUCUAAAAGAACUUGGCUUUGAUGAAGUCUUUAACUAUAAGACCGUGGGAUCCCUGGAAGAGGCGCUGAAAAAGGCAUCCCCCGAAGGCUAUGACUGCUACUUCGAUAAUGUGGGAGGAGAAUUUAGCGAUAUUGUUUUGGAACAAAUGAAGAAAUUUGGGAGAAUUGCUGUGUGUGGCGCUAUUUCACAGUACAAUAACGCUGCGCCCAAAAAAGGGCCUUAUGUCCAGAUGCCUAUGAUCUUCAAAGAACUCUGCAUGGAAGGAUUCUUGGUCACACGCUGGGAUAGCAGGAAAGAAGAAGGGCUGAAAGCACUGUUGAAAUGGGUUGAAGAGGGGAAAAUUAAGUAUCAUGAACACAUCACUAAAGGAUUUGAAAACAUGCCAGCAGCAUUCAUGGGAAUGCUUAAAGGAGAAAAUACGGGGAAGGCAGUAGUAAAAGUGUAACGGUCUUUCUUCCAAGAAACCAGGCCCAAUAAACGCUUAGCCACACCUCC